AUGCCUUCUCACCAAAACGAGCCCAUUGCCAUUAUUGGCAACGCUUGCCGAUUUCCCGGCGACUCUACCUCCCCUUCCAAGCUCUGGGAGCUUCUGAAGCAACCCCGUGAGGUUUCGCGCAAUAUCGAUCGUUUCCAGUCGGCUGGUUUCUACAACAAGGAUGGUCACUACCACGGUGCUAGCAACGUCCAGCACUCGUACCUCCUUAACGAAGACCCCCGUCUCUUCGAUGCCCAGUUCUUCAACAUCCCCCCUGGUGAGGCCGAGUCCAUCGAUCCCCAGCAGCGCAUGAUCCUCGAGACCGUCUACGAUGCCGUUGAGACAUCUGGACUGGUCCUUGAGAACCUUCGCGGAUCCAACACGGCUGUCUACGUUGGUGUCAUGUGUGACGAUUAUGGCAACAUUUGUUACGUUGACCAGGAGUCGAUUCCUACCUAUGCUGCUACCGGUACUGCCCGCAGUAUCCUGUCCAACCGUGUUUCUUUCAUCUUCGACUGGAGAGGCCCUUCGAUGACCAUCGACACUGCCUGCUCUUCGUCUCUGGUUGCCCUGCACCAGGGAGUGCAGGUCCUGCGCAGCGGCACUGCCCCUGUCGCUGUUGCCGCUGGUGCCAACUUGAUCUUCUCCCCCAACAUGUUCAUUGCCGAGUCAAACCUCAACAUGUUGUCGCCCACCGGCCACUCUCAGAUGUGGGAUGCCAACGCUGACGGCUAUGCCCGUGGUGAAGGUAUCGCUGCUGUCGUCAUGAAGCGUCUCUCCGAUGCCAUCCGCGAUGGUGACAACAUUGAGUGCAUCAUCCGCGAGACUGGCGUGAACCAAGAUGGUCACACUCCCGGUAUCACCAUGCCUAGCCAGGAGGCCCAGACUCGCCUCAUCCACGAGACGUACGCUCGAGCUGGCCUCGACCUUUCCAAGCCUGAGGACCGCCCCCAGUAUUUCGAAGCUCACGGUACUGGUACCAAGGCUGGUGACGGUGUCGAGUCCAAGGCUAUCUACAAGGCCUUCUUCCCUGAGUCGGAUGACAAGCAUGACACCCUCUGGGUUGGCUCGAUUAAGACUAUCAUCGGUCACACUGAAGGUACCGCCGGUAUUGCCGGUGUCAUGAAGGCGUCCCUAGCCAUUCAGAACAAGACCAUCCCUCCCAACAUGCACUUCAACACCCUCAACCCUGAGAUCACUCCCUACUACGGAAAGCUCCAGAUUGCUACCGCUGCUCAGAACUGGCCCAAGAUUGCUGCCGGCUCGGUUCCCCGUGCCAGUAUCAACAGUUUCGGUUUCGGUGGUACCAACGCCCAUGCCAUUAUUGAAGCGUACGUGCCAGAGGCGCCCAAGGCGCUUACUCAGGCGGCUCCCGCUGUCGCCAACCCGCUGGCCCUAACCUUCUCGGCUACUUCUGAGAAGUCGCUGACCACCCUGAUGGCUAACUACCUCGAGUAUCUCACUGCUAACUCGGAGGUGGAUAUCGGUAAGUUGGCGUGGACCCUGCACGACCGCCGUUCUACCUUCACGUACCGUAGCUCGGUCGCUGCUCAGACUCAGGAUGAGCUCGUGACCAAGCUGCAGAAGGCUGUAGAGGACCAGCAGUCUGGAAACUCGUCCACUGUGACCCGCGGUACCUCGGCCAAGAAGAACCUUCUCGGUGUCUUCACUGGCCAGGGUGCUCAGUGGGCUACUAUGGGUAGAGAUCUCAUUUCAUCCUCCAAGUUUGCCGAGAACAUCAUCGACAAGCUUGAGAAGUCCCUUGGUGAGCUUCCUGAGGGUGAUCGCCCCUCUUGGUCCCUCAAGGACCAGAUGAUGGCCGAUCCCUCCAAGUCGCGCAUCACCGAGGGUCAGUUGUCGCAGCCUCUCUGCACCGCCGUCCAGGUGAUGCUGGUCGAGAUGCUCAAGGUUGCCGGCAUUGAGUUUGACAGUGUUGUUGGCCACUCCAGUGGUGAGAUUGGCGCCGCUUAUGCCUCUGGCUUCAUUAGCGCUACCGAUGCCAUCCGCAUUGCGUACUACCGUGGUCGCUAUGCUUACCUGGCUCGUGGUCCUGAGGGUCAGCAUGGUGGUAUGUUGGCUGCUGGUACCACCCUUGAGGACGCCCGCGAGCUGUGCGAGCUCCCGGCCUUUGAGGGCCGUGUCAGCGUUGCCGCCUACAACUCGUCUUCUUCCGUCACCCUCUCUGGUGACUUGGAUGCUAUUGAGGAGGUCAAGGAGGUUCUUGAGGAUGAGAAGAUGUUCAACCGCCAGCUUAAGGUCGACACUGCCUACCACUCUCACCACAUGAUCCCUUGCUCCAAGAAGUACUACCAGGCUCUUGACGCUUGCAAGGUCAACAUCAUGACCCCGUCUGGACGCACCAAGUGGUACUCGUCUGUUUACGACGGCAAGGUCAUGGAGCCUUGCGAUGCUCUCAAGCACCAGUACUGGGUUGACAACAUGGUCAACAUUGUUCUGUUCGCCACUGCCCUGGGCUCGGCUCUCACCAACUCUGAGCCCAAGCUUACCCAGGCCAUCGAGGUCGGCCCUCACGCCGCGCUCAAGGGACCUGCCUCCACCGUCAUUGAGGAGACCAUCAAGUCUGCCAUCCCUUACACUGGCACUCUUGCUCGUGGCCAGAACGACGUUAGCGCCAUGGCCUCGUGCUUCGCCUACCUCUGGGCCCAAUUCGGUCGCUCUUCUGCCGACUGGAAGGCCUACUACGGCCUCUUCGCCGACUCUACCCCUGAGAUCAUGCUCAACCUCCCCAGCUACCCCUUCAACCACGAGCGUCUCUUCUGGUACGAGGCCCGCAAGUCUCGUGUCAACCGUCUUCGUGAGGAUCCUGCCCACGUCCUCCUCGGCACCCGCACCGACACCACCAACGAGCGUGAACUCCGCUGGCGCAACUAUAUCCACUCUGGUGAGAUUCCCUGGCUUCAGGGACACAACAUCCAGGGUCAGACUCUGUUCCCCGCCGCUGGCUUCCUCGUCAUGGCUGUCGAGGCUGCUCGCAUCGCCGGCCGCGCUGAAGCCAUCCAGGCCAUUGAGCUGAAGGACUCUGCCAUCCACCGUGCUCUGGCCAUCAGUGAAGACAAGGGCAUUGAGACCCUCUUCACCCUGUCGAACGUCACAAUCACCGAGACUGGUGAGGGCAGCUCCGUCCUGACUGCCCGCUUUGCUUGCGACGCCUGUCUCCAGAAGCAGUCGGACAACUUCGUCUCCAUUGCCAGCGGCGAUGUUAUCAUGACUUACGGCACUCCUUCCUCCACGGCUCUUGUCGAGUACCCCAAGGAGGAGGGCCUCGGCAUGCUGGACGUCGAUGCCGACCUCUUCUAUGCCUACCUCGCCAACAUCGGCUACAACUACGCCGACAUGUUCAAGGGCAUCACCUCGCUCCGCAGAACCACUGACCUUGCCCAGGGUGUCAUCACCACCAAGGUUCCCGAGUCUCUGGCCAACGAGCCCAUUGAUCAGUUCCUCCUCCACCCUUCUACCCUCGACGUGGCUUUCCAGGCCAUCUUCGCUGCCAUAUCCUUCCCCGGUGACGGUGCUCUCUGGGCUCUGCACAUUCCUACCACUAUCCGUCGCGUCACCAUCAACCCCGUCGUUUGCCCCAUGAACGGCGGCGUCGACGAGCAGGUCCGCUUCUCUGCCACCUCCAACCGCGCCGAUGACGGUACCUUCUCCGGCUGUGUCGAUAUCUUCCCCGUGCACAGCGAUUACUCUCUCUGCCAGGUUGAGGGUCUCGAGGUCAGCCCCGUCUCUCCUCCCACUGCAAAGGACGACCGUCCUUUCUUCGGCCAGACCAACUUCUUCCACAGCCUUCCGGAUGCCGACUCCUUCGCCACUGCUCUUCGCAUCUCUUCCACCCAGGAGACUGAGAAGUCGCAGCUCGAUCGUCUCGCCGUCUCCUACCUCCGCAGCAUCCUCCAGUCUUCCAGCCACGAGACUGACCAGCUCAAGGGCUGGGCCCAGACUGUUCUGGCCAACCUCGGCAAGAAGGCUUCGCUUCCCGUCAUCGAGCAGUCCGAUGUUGCUGUGCAUGACACCUCGGCUUACAAGACCAACUUCAACAUCCUGAAGACCAUCGGUGCCGGCAUCGAGAAGGGUGAGCUUCCUCAAGGCUCUGAGGCCGCUGCUCUUCUCAACACCUUCUACGAGACCUCCCUUGGUGCCGCUGAGGCUCGCGAGGCUCUUGGUGUCCUUGCCCAGCAAAUCGUCCGUCGCUACCCCCACAUGAACAUUCUGGACCUCUCCAGUGGCUCUGGCGGCGUCACCAAGACCAUCAUGGACAAGAUUGGCUCCCUCUUCUCCGCCUACACCUGCACCGGCGCCACUGAUGAGCACUUCGCUCAGCUUUCCAAGGAGCACCCCGCCAUCUCCACCAAGACCAUUGACUUCUCUGAGGACCUCGAGGAGCAGGGCUUCUUCGCUAAUGCCUAUGACCUCGUCAUUGCCGGCAACGGCUUCCACGGCAUCAAGGACAAUGUCGAAGGCAUGCAGAAGCUCCGCUCUCUCGUCCGCCCUGGUGGUUAUCUCCUUGCCCAGCAGAUCACCAACUCUGAGUCUGCUCACGUUGGUCUGACGGUCGCCAGCGUUGCCCUCCAGCCUGAAGAGAUCAGCAGCACUGGUUCUCUUGUUGCUAACCUCGGCGAGUACGACGAGAUCUUCCGCACUGCUGGAUUCUCUGGCAUCGAUACAGUCACUCCCGACUCUGCCAGCCCCUUCACCGUCUUUGUCUCCCAGGCCAUUGACCAGCAGAUCGUCAACAUUCGUGAGCCUCUGCAGUCUAGCAAGGUUGACCUCGAGAACGUCCUUCUCAUUGGUGGUCAGCGCUUCCAGGUUUCUCGCAUGGUUGAGACCAUGAAGAAGUCCCUGGCUCCUUUCGCCAAGAACAUCGAGACCAUCCGCUCCCUCAACGAUCUCGAUGCUUCCAUGCUGGCCACUCGUCCUUACAUCAUCUCGCUGACUGAGCUUGACGACCCCUUCUUCGAAAACCUGACCGAGACUAAGUGGGAGGCUCUCAAGACUCUCUUCUUCCGUUCUCGCUACAUUAUCUGGGCCACUCAGGGUGCCAACGGCGAUGCUCCUUAUGCCAACGUCAUGAAGGGUGUCGUCCGAUGCAUGCUGGUCGAGAUCCCGCAUCUUCACGCCCAGAUGUUCAACAUUGAGGGUCAGCUGAAGCCUGAGCAGCACUCCCAGACCAUUGUCGAGUCUGUCAUGCGUCUUCACAUCUCUGACACCUGGAAGGACAAGGUACCUGCCUAUGAUCCUCUCUGGACCGUCGAGCGUGAGUACAUGCUCAAGGAUGACAAGCUCUGGGUUAUGCGCUACGAUUCCGAAGAGACCCUCAACGCUGGCUACAACGCUCUCCGUCGCCGUGUUGUCCAGGAUGUCUCUACCAAGGACCAGGUCGUUGCUCUCACCCCCGAGAAGACGCUUCAGCAGUACCGCCUGUCCCCCAAGGCCACUGUCGAGAUUGAGGGCAUCCCCAACAGCACGAUCACUGUCCACCAGUCCCUGUCCUCUGCCAUCAAGGUUGAGAACCUCGGAUUCAUGCACCUGAGCAUCGGUAAGGAGGCCGAGACUGGCUCCACUGUUGUUGCCUUCUCCGAGAAGAACCAGUCGUCUCUCACCCUCCCCAAGUCCCGCCUCCUCCCUGUCGACAUCCCUGAGGGUAAAGAGCACAGCCUCCUUGUGGCCAUUGCCUGCAACAUGCUUGCUUCUGACCUCCUUGGUAAGGUCACUGCUGGUGACCGCAUUGUGCUCCACGAGCCUCCCACGGUUCUUGCCAAGCUUCUGACCGAGCGUGUGGCCAACACCGGAGUGCAGCUGCUCUUCACCACAACCCGCCGCAAGGCUGCUCUUCAGGCUCAGUGGAAGCACAUUCACGCCUACAGCACCGACCGUGACAUGCGCCAGAUCACUGCUGCCAACACUGCUGUCUUUGUUGACUUCUCCAACAACGAGAAGCGCCGUGAUGUCGUCGACCAUCUGACUGAGGGUCUUCCUUUCGGUACCCGCAAGUACGAGCUCGGAGACUUCCUGCCUUCCCGCUCUAUCCUCUACUCCGACAGCACUGAGGAGCAGGUCAGCACCGCUCUCGAGAGCGCCCACUCGACUGCCGUCGCUGAGCGCAGCGCAGCUCCCUUCGACACUGUUGCCAACACCCGUAUUCAGCAGAUCGCCGGCGAUGCUGAUCUUGCCGAGACCCUCACCACCGUCGACUGGACUGACGCUACGCCUUUCCCUGCCAGUGUUACUCUCGCCAUGGACGAGGUUAACUUCCGCCCCGACCGCACCUACUUCCUCAUUGGUAUGACCGGUUCUCUGGGUCUGUCCACUUGCGAGUACAUGAUGGAGCGUGGUGCCCGCUUCUUUGCCCUGUCCUCUCGUCGCCCUAACGUUGACCAGCGCUGGCUCGACAAGGUCAGCAAGAUGUAUGGUGCCGUUGUCAAGGCCUUCCCUCUUGAUAUCACCAGCCGUGCCAGUCUGCAGAAGGUCCACGACGACAUCAACGACACCAUGCCUCCCAUUGCUGGUGUGGCCAACGGUGCCCUGAUCAUGCGUGACGGUCUCUUCAUGGAGUCUAGCUGUGACACCAUGAACGAAGCUCUGGGUCCCAAGGUCGCCGGUUCUGUCCUCCUCGACGACCUCUUCUACAACACCAACCUGGACUUCUUCAUCCUCUACUCUUCGCUUGUCUAUGUUACUGGUAACAUUGGUCAGACUUCGUAUGCUGCCGGUAACGGUUUCAUGGUCAGCUUGGUCCACGGCCGCCGUGCUCGUGGCCUCAACGCUUCCGUCAUGAACCUCGGUGGUAUCAGUGGUAUCGGUUACAUCACUCGUACCGACCAUGGCAUUCUCGGCAAGCUCGACAUUCUUGGAUAUGGUAUCAUGUCCGAGCUUGACUACAAGUACUUCUUUGCCGAGUCCGUCAUGGCCGGUGCCGCCGACUCUGGUCGCAACCCGGAGGUCUCGGCCGGUCUCCGCUAUGUCAACAAGACGGAGAAGAACCCUCCCAAGUGGGUUGUCGACCCCAAGUUCUCCCACUACGUCAUUGACCGCACCUCUCGUGAUGGUGGUGACAAGGGUGGUGACAGUGCCAUGUCGACCAAGGCCCAGCUCCUCGAGGCUACUACCGAGAAGGAGGCCUUCAACAUCAUUCUCAACGCUCUCAUGGCCAUGCUCGGCAAGAAGCUUGACCUUCCUCCUACUGAGAGUGUUCACUCUGAUGUUGCCAUUGUCGAGAUGGGUGUUGACUCUCUCGUCGCUGUCGAUCUCCGCUCUUGGUUCUCCAACGAGUUCGAGCACGAUAUCCCCGUCAUCAAGAUUCUUGGUGGUGCCACCCUCGCCGACCUGGUUGAGGACACGGUUGCCAACAUGUCUCCUGAUAUCUGUCCCAACAUUAGCGGUGGCUCUUCUGACGAUGCCGAGGCCAAGCCCGAGGCUCCUGCCCCUGCUGCCCCUGCUACUGUCGAGACCUCCAGCGGUGACUCUGCCUCCUCCAGCGACGAGCGUGAUAGUGCCACUUCUGUCGAGACGGCCCCCACUGCCGUCACCAAGCCUACCAAGGAAGUUGUUGCUGCUCCUGCACCCACUGUUGCUGUCGUUCCCAAGAAGCACUUUGUCCGUGAGGAGAAGAUGACCUAUGGUUGCUCUCGUUUCUGGUUCCUUCGCCAGUACCUCGAGGACUCGACCUGCUUCAACGUCCUGGUCCAGACUCGCCUUAACGGCAAGAUUGACGCUGCCCGUCUCCAGGAGGCUGUCCGCAAGCUCGGUGCCCGCCACGAGUCUCUCCGCACUUCCUUCUUCGUCUCUGAGAAGGGUGAACCUCGCAUGGGUGUCAUGUCCGACUCCCUUCUCCGCCUCGAGGUUGAGAAGAUCCAGGAGAUCGCCCAGGCUGAGAAGGCCUACAAGGACAUGAUGGGCUACAACUUCGACAUUGAGCGUGGUGAGGUCAUCCGCAUGCGCCUCCUCUCUCUCUCCGAGACCGACCAUGUCUUCAUCUUUGGUGUUCACCACAUCGCCAUGGACGGUUUCUCCUUCAACCUCAUGAUCCGCGAUCUCGACAUGAUGUACCAGGGCAAGCCCGUUCCCCAGAUCCCUGCCCAGUUCACCGACUUUGCCAUCCAGCAGCGUCGUGAUGUCGAGGCCGGCCGCAUGCGCAACGACAUUUCCUUCUGGAAGAAGACCUUUGCCACCAUCCCCGAUCCUCUCCCUCUCUUCCCCUUCACUGGUGUCGGCAACCGCAUGCCUCUUGUCAAGUACGAGCAUGAGGAGGUCGAGAUCAGCCUGGACGCCGCCAUGGCCCAGAAGAUCCGCAACCUCUGCCGCCAGAACCGCUGCACCACCUUCCACUUCUUCCUCGCCACCUUCCAGAUCUUCCUUUCCAAGUGGCUCGAGGUCGACGAUCUCUGCAUUGGUAUCGCCGAUGCCAACCGCAGCGACAUCAAGACCCUGUCCACCAUUGGUUUCCUCCUCAACCUGGUGCCCCUCCGCUUCAGUGCCCUGAACGGAAAGGCUCCCUUCUCCAGUGUCCUUGCUGCUGCCAAGCAGACCGCUUACAACAGCCUGGCUCACUCCAAGCUUCCCUUUGAUCUCCUCCUCGAGGAGCUCAACCUUCCCCGCUCCUCCUCUACUAGCCCUCUGUUCCAGGCCUUCCUCGACUACCGCCAGCUGGCUGUCAAGACUCCUCCUAUGCUCGAGUCCAACGCUGAGGGUGAGCAGAACUUCGGCGCCACUUCUUACGAUGUCAUCCUUGAUGUCACCGACUACGCCAUGGCCGACAUCAAGAUCAAGUGGCAGACCCAGAAGGCCCUGUACAACACCAAGCACACCGAGGCCAUGAUGGAGAGCUACAUGAGCCUUCUCAACCACUUCGCCAACAGUGCAACUUCUUCUGUCGAGUCUGCUCCUCUCUACCGCCCCGAGGCUGUCAAGGCCGCCGUCGAGGCUGGUCAGGGUCUUCAGUUCGAUGGCCAGUGGCCCGAGACCCUCUCCCUCAAGAUUGAUGAGAUCUCUGCCAAGUCCUCUGAAAGCCUUGCUCUCGCUGAUGCUUCCAACAAAUUCACCUACAGCUCCAUGAACCGUCUCAUUGAUCAGAUCACCGAGGAACUUGUCCAGGGUGGUGUCAAGGCCGGUGACAAGGUCGGCAUCUUCCAGCAGCCCUCCAGCCUGUGGAUCAGCUCUCUUCUCGCCGUCUGGCGUGCCGGUGCUGUCUAUGUUCCCCUUGACCCUCGCAACGGUGUGCCUCGUCUCGCUUCCACUGUCGGCGUCGUCCAGCCCCAGGCCAUCAUCCACGACAACGCCAACGCCAAGGACGUCGCUGCUCUUGCGGCCCCUGCCAGUGCCAGCAUCAUCAACAUCGAUGACGUCCGCAAGAAGGAUGCCACUGUCGCCCGCCGCCUCAACCUUUCCACUGGCAACUCUUCUGCCAUCAUUGUCUCCAGCUCUGGUUCGACCGGCGUCCCCAAGUGCAUUGAGGUUCGCCACUCCAGCCUGGUCAACCUUUUCGAGGGUGACAGCCGCAACUGGGAGCUCGGCAGUGUCAACGUUCUCCAGCAGAGUGCCUACAGCUUCGACAUCUCCCUGGAUCAGAUCAUGACCGCUUUCGUCCACGGAGGUACUCUCUACGUCGCCUCCGAAGAGGAGCGCACCAACCCCGAGCUGAUUGCCAAAGUGAUUGCUAACAACAACAUCAACUACACCACCGCCACUCCUUCCGAGUACUCCAACUGGAUCGGCUUUGCCUCGGAGACGCUUUCCAAGGCCUCCAGCUGGCGCAUUGCCAACGUCGGUGGUGAGGGCUGGAACAGCACCCUUCGUGACUCCUUCUCCAACCUCAAGCUCUCUAAGCUCGUGAUCCGCAACAACUAUGGUCCCGCCGAGGCCAGUGUCUGGGCUACUCGUCACCCCAUCGAGUACCCUGGUAAGGGCACCCUCAUCCCCGCCGGUCCUGCUCUCGCCAACUACUCCUUCUACAUAAUUGACAGGAAGAACAACGUCGUUCCUACUGGUGUCCAGGGCGAGAUCCUGAUUGGUGGUGCCGGUGUUGCUGUCGGAUACUACAAGAACGCCGAGCUUACCAAGGACAAGUUCAUCGCCGACAAGCAUGCUUCCGAGGCUCACGCCGCCAAGGGCUGGAACCGUGCCUACAAGACUGGCGACAAGGGUUACCUGACCGAAGACGGUACUCUCAUUGUCCAGGGCCGCAUUAGUGGUGACACUCAGAUCAAGCUCCGUGGUUUCCGUAUCGAGCUUGAGGACAUUGAGUCCAGCAUUGUCCACGCUUCUCAGGGUGUUCUUACUCGUGCUGUCGCCAGUGUUCGUGGCGACGGCCCUGCCAGCUACCUUGUCGCUUUUGCUGAGUUUGCUGAUGGCUACCCUGCCGCCGAGCAGGACGCCUACCUGUCCAAGCUCAUUCCCAUGCUGCCUCUUCCUCAGUACAUGCGCCCCAACAUGAUGGUUCCCAUUGUCGACAUUCCCGUCAACUCGCACAACAAGGUCAACCGCCUUGCCAUUGCCACCCUCCCCCUCCGCAACGCCUCCUCUGACAACAGCUCCAACACUGAGCUCACGGAAACUGCCAAGACCAUCCGUGAUAUCUGGGUUGAGAUCCUCCCUGAGUCCAUCAUUCAAAACACCACCCUCAACGGCUCCAGCGACUUCUUCGUCCUUGGUGGUAACUCUCUCCUCACCGUCCGCCUUCAGUCCCGCCUCCGUGAAAUCUACGGUGUCUUUGUUCCCCUCAUCAAGAUCAUGGAGUCUUCCACUCUCGCCGGUCUCGGCAACACCCUCGACGAGCUCCUUUCUAACAAGGAGAUCAACUGGGAUGUCGAAACCGCCCUCAGCGACGAGAUGCUGAGUGUCACUCCCGUCAACGCCAAGACCACCCGACCCAAGACUUCUGGCCUCACUGUCAUCCUCACUGGCGUUUCCGGCUUCAUUGGUCGCCACCUUCUCCAGCGCCUGAUUGAAGACAAGAACGUCUCUGCUAUUCACUGUGUGGCCGUUCGCAACAUUGAAAUGGACAGCCCCUCCCGCCAGAAGAUGAAGGCCCUGAUUGCCGCUACCGACAAGGUUCAGCUCCACCCUGGUGAUCUCUCUGAGCCUCGCCUUGGUCUCUCCGAGCCCGAGUUCCAGACUCUCUCCAAGAAGGCCGACAUGAUUGUGCACAGUGGUGCCAACCGUUCCUUCUGGAGUGCCUACGACAUGGUUCGCGCCCCCAACGUGCAGUCCACCAAGGAGCUUGCUCUGAUGGCCGCCACUGCCCUCCGUGACUCCAACAAGGUCGUUCCCUUCCACUUCAUGUCCGGUAGUGAGGAUGCCGGCAUCGAGCCCUCCACCGACGGCUCUAACGGCUACGUCGCCUCCAAGUGGGCGAGUGAGCAGUUCCUGCAGCGCUUCGCCGACAAGCUUGGCCUCCCCGUCCACGUCCACCGUCAGCUUCCCGUUCCCGAGGGCCGCACCGCGCAGGGUGAGGAGCUCGACAGCAUCCUGCAGGAGUUUGUCGACGUUGCCGCCAAGAUGCCUGAGCUGCCCAACCCCGACACGUGGCGCGGCUACUACGACCUGAUCCCCGCCGACCGUCUCUCGGACGACGUCGUGGAUCUGGCCAUGUCCGCUCUCGUCUCUACCGACAACACCUUUAGCAAGCACUCUCACUACAGCUCCGUCCGCAUGGACAUUGGCGAGGUGAUCAAGAAGAUUGACUCGCUGGACGAGUACAAGAACACUGACCGGCCCUUGAUCCCCGCCCACGUCUGGGUUGGCAAGGCCAAGAUUGCCGGCUUCAGAUACCAGUUCUCCACCAUGAAGAUGUCCCUGCAAGAUGCCAAAGGCAAGAACAUGGGCUUCCUUGAGCGGUAA